CAGACAGAGCAAUGUUGAACACGAGACUGACACAUCACUCAGAGAAGAUGUGGAUUACGGCUGUUAUUGUUGCUCUUAUCUGCUGCUCUGAGACACAGGCUGGAGGUCGAAGAUCGACACAGUCAGGGAAAAAAAACAUCACUGUCGGUCCUAUUCGAAGCAAUGUUAGGGACUCUUUCACAACCUGCUGUGCAACAAAAAAAACCAAAAGUUUCAACAUUUCCUGUGAUGCUGCUCUCGGGGAAUGUAAGCAGCGAAGCACCUCAUGGAUCAGUUGUUAUGAGGAAAAGAUUGAGAUCUGUCAAAUGAGAGGACGAUUGUUUUCAUUUAUUCGGAUGAUGGUGAACUCUUCUCAAGAGGUUGAAGCGGGUCCAAAUCCUUGGUACCAGGUUCGUAUCCCAUCUUCAGCUCUCCAAAACAGCAGAGGAAAAGCAUUGGACAAUGAGGUGCUGGUAGUGAUGACUGUGAUUGAAAGCUCUCACUUCAAGUUGACAAACAGAAGCAGCAGAGCAACUCGGCUCAAGUUGCCCCCCCGCAAAGACGGGACUGUGAUGGGGGGCUUUGUGCUGGUAGUGAAAACAGGAAAUCAACCCGUCAGAAACCUCCCACAGCCCGUCAGAUUAACCUUCAAACAUGACAAACAGAUGAAUAAUGGGACCUGCGUGUAUUGGUUUGAGGUUCCCUCUGGAGAUGGAACAGGUUACUGGAGCACAGACGGAUGUGAAACAGAAAACACAGGAACUGAAUUUAUCUGCAGCUGCAAUCACCUGAGCUUUUUUGCAGUUCUUGUGAACCCUGAACUCUCAGUGGAUGAAAAGAGUGCAGAUACCUUUACCUACAUCAACUACAUUGGCUCAGCUCUGUCCUUCAUCUUCACAACCAUCAGCCUGGUCAUCUAUGCCUGUCUACAGCGGAGGCGUCCAGAGAAGGCUGUUGGCGUGCACAUGCAGCUAACAGGAGCCCUGCUCUUACUUCACUUCAGCUACCUGCUGAGCUGUCUGUGGGUGUGGCUGAACCCGGAGGAUGAGGGCUGGGUCUGUCGGGGUCUGGGUUUCUUCUUACACUGGUCCCUGCUGGCUACCUUCACCUGGACGGCUCUGGAAGGGUUCCACCUGUACCUCCUCCUGGUCCGAGUGUUUAACAUCUAUGUCAGGAAAUACCUGCUCAAACUCAGCUUGGUAGGAUGGGGACUUCCUACCCUGACUGUACUGGUUUGUGCCAUUUCAAGUGUUUAUGGCAAAUUCAAACUGAAGACAAGUGAUGAAAACAUCCCCAAUUCAACAGUGCAGAUUUGCUGGAUGAGCAGUGAUUUCAAACACCAGCUUGUGGUCAGCUACAUCACCACUAUGGCCCUACCAUGCCUGGUGGUCCUGUGUAACUCCUGCAUGCUGGGAGUGGUGAUCUUCAAGUUGUGGGGCAUGAGGAGGUCCAGUGAAGGCGGCGGCUGGCAUAAGAUGAACGGAGAGAAAAGCUCCAGGUUAUGGAAGGACUGCACCACCGUGCUGGGGCUCAGCUGGCUGCUGGGUCUAUCGUGGGGAUUAGCGGGCAUCAGCUUCUUCAUGCUGGGGAUCUAUAUGUUUACAAUACUUAACUCCCUGCAGGGUGUGUUCGUGUUCCUAUGGUCUGUCGCCUUGAGCUGCAAGUCUAGAUCUGAUGACAGCUCCUCAUCCAAAGACCCCUCCACUUCUCAGAAAAUGAUCACAACUAGUUUUAAUAACUGAUUCUACAUCUAUUACUCAUAUAUAUCUAUCACCUACAUUAGGUGCUUUCUGGACUCAAUCAGUUACGUAAUUACCAAGACUAACUUAAUUUCUCUAUUUUGUGAUUUCUUUAAAUAAAAGUUGCAAAAAAAACACAAAGAUGGUUAACCUUU